UACUCCAUUCUCUCUCCUUUUUCUUUUCUUCACCAUCACCAUCAUCAUCGUCAUCGUCAUUAUCAUCACCACCCAUUAGUCGAGAUGCCUGUCUGCCUGCCCAACCACCCAAACACAACCCCACCAACCAUAGCAGCCAGGGUCUAUCACCCUAUCCAUUCCAUUCCCUUCCCAUUCUAAACAAAACUAAUAAUACUAUACUAGGUUGCAAUGGUUUCAUCUGGCUGCCUCCCCCACGCCCACGCCCACGCCCGCGCCGCUCCGCCUUGCGUCCCUUUCCCCUGCCCACCUUCUUCUGCCCCUCUCUUCCAACCUUUAUUUCUUCCUCCUAAACCCCUCCUUGUCUUCGAGACUUAUCCGAUUUCGACAAUAACAAGUAGAACCCGAGCCACUCUUGAUCCGAUCCCCGCCGCCGGCCCUUCUCUUCUUGUUCAGGGACCUAAUCGAGGACCCAACCAGGGAGUUGACGAGUGUGUGAGGCUUCUCAAGGACGCCGCGAAGACAAGAAAGGUUCCCCCAGGUGAUAUUCUGCGAGCAUUUUCCGUGAUUGAGAAGGCCAAGGCGGACCCCUCUGGAUUUCUUCGGACUCUUGGAGGAACCAAAUCACCUGGCAGAACUUGGAUGCUUAUUUUCACUGCAAAGAAAAAAUUGGAUGAUGGCAACUAUUUCCCAGUUACAGCCGUUCAGAGGUUUGACGCAGCUGGUAAGAGGAUCGAGAAUGGGGUUUAUCUUGGGCCUCUUGGGAGCUUGACCUUUGAAGGCAGGUUUUCAUGGAAUAAAAGAAUCCUUGCUUUCAUAUUUGAGCGGAUCCGGGUGAAGGCAGGGCCCCUUGGCCCAUUUGAGUAUUGUUUCAAAGGGAAAGACGACGAAAGGGAGCCAGGCAACAGGGAUCCAUUCUUCACAUGGUUCUAUGUUGACGAGGAAAUUGCUGUAGCACGUGGUAGAAGCGGGGGGACUGCAUUCUGGGUCCGCUGUCACCGAGUUGCCUCCUCUUCUUAGGUCUGGUCCUCUCAUUCUGUGUCCAUUGUUACGUUAGCCUCCAGCUUUUUUAAUGUUCACUUCAGUGCAGUCUUUCUUGCACACAAUAGAUUCUUUGUACGCACAAGUGGACGGAUUCGUGGUGUUCGUAUAGAACAGAUAGACUGUAAUGGAUGUCAUUUCCUUUGAUUAGUUGAUAAAUGCACCUUGGAUCAGUAAAUGAUAUGAGGGCAGCCUCCAAUAUUGGGAGGAGUAUCUAUAACAAACAAGCUCUUUCUUUUCUUUCCUAGUUUUAUAUGUAUGUAAUUGAUUUCUUUUUAA